UCUUACAGUGCCUCCGUUAAUGCCAAAAUGUCGUCAGGGACUUUUGUCGACCGGAUAGACCCCUUCGCCAAGCGAUCCCUGAAGAAGAAAUCCAAGAAGUCGCAGGGUUCCUCCCGUUACCGCAAUUCACAAGACGUAGAGCUCCAACAAUUGCCGCUGCUUAAAGAUGUCAACGCUGCGGAACAAGAGGAAUUAUUUAUCAAAAAGCUCCGCCAAUGCUGCGUGGCUUUCGACUUCAUGGAUCCAAUGGCUGAUCUCAAGGGUAAAGAAAUUAAACGGAGUACGCUCAAUGAAUUGGUGGAGUAUAUCACAGCAGGACGAGGUGUCCUUACUGAGCCCAUUUAUCCAGAAACCAUCAAGAUGGUUUCCGCAAAUUUAUUCCGUACGUUGCCACCGAGUGAAAACCCGGAUUUCGAUCCAGAAGAGGACGAUCCGACCUUGGAGGCGAGUUGGCCCCAUCUUCAGUUGGUCUACGAAGUCUUCCUCCGUUUUCUUGAGUCUUCAGAUUUUCAGCCUGCCAUUGGCAAAAAAGUUAUCGACCAAAAAUUUGUGUUACAGUUAUUGGAUUUAUUCGACUCGGAAGACCCGAGAGAAAGAGAUUUCCUAAAAACCGUUUUGCAUCGUAUUUAUGGCAAGUUCCUGGGUCUUAGAGCCUUUAUACGCAAACAAAUAAACAACAUUUUUCUGAGGUUUGUGUAUGAAACAGAACAUUUCAAUGGCGUCGGUGAACUUCUUGAAAUUUUGGGUAGCAUUAUUAAUGGAUUUGCUCUUCCUUUAAAAGUUGAGCACAAGCAAUUUUUGGUUAAGGUGCUGUUACCAUUACAUAAAGUGAAAUGUUUAUCUCUAUAUCAUGCGCAGUUAGCUUAUUGUGUGGUGCAAUUUUUGGAAAAAGACGCGACUUUAACAGAACCAGUUGUACGAGGCCUGCUUAAAUUCUGGCCUAAAACGUGCAGCCAGAAGGAGGUGAUGUUCCUUGGCGAAAUCGAGGAAAUACUGGACGUUAUAGAACCUAGCCAAUUUGUUAAAAUACAAGAACCUUUAUUCAGGCAAAUCGCACGUUGCGUGUCUUCACCACACUUUCAGGUUGCGGAGAGAGCAUUGUACUUUUGGAAUAAUGAGUACAUAAUGUCUCUAAUUGAAGAAAACAAUCAUGUAAUAAUGGGAAUUAUGUUUCCUGCAUUGUAUAGAAUUAGUAAAGAGCAUUGGAAUCAGACGAUCGUUGCUCUUGUUUACAACGUUUUAAAAACGUUUAUGGAGAUGAACAGCAAGCUCUUUGAUGAACUUACUGCCAGCUAUAAGUCUGAGAGGCAAAAAGAGAAAAAAAGGGAAAAGGAAAGAGACGAAUUGUGGAAGAAACUGAGUGAAUUGGAGAUAGAACGACGUAACGCUCUCGAACGUAAUGCUCUCACAGCUACCUCCAAUAAUCCAGUUCCUGCCACUAACACACCUACGACGCGAACCCGCCCCUGAGCUGGUCGAAUUACAGUACCACGCUGCCCGAUUGUUAGCUCUUAGUUUACGUCGAUUGUCCAUAUAUUACACGCAAAAAUUUAUUGUUGUUAGUGAAACAAAGUGUCUCACGAUGGCAUCCUUGACGUAAUGUAAUUCAUUUUAUUAGUUGUGACCGGUAUGGUGAAAUAAUGGAAGCAAGAAAAAAAUGCAAAAGAAAAGACAAUGCACGCAAUUUUAUGUUUUUUUUUGACAACAAUAAUGACAACAAUAAUAACAUGGCGAUCAUCAGUGAAUUCCAAAUGAUUUUUAUAUAUGUGUAUAUCGGGUACAUUUACACUUCUGUUCUUUUUCUCGUUUAAAAAUGGGGGAAUGAUUUCGAUUGCAUGAUGUGUGUACUCAGUGUCGGUACGCAACAAUGUGUUAGUCCCUCUUUGACUAAGAUUUUGUUGCGUCUCGGUAGGACGGGACAAUCGUGGUGUAAAUUUCGAAUGGACGAAGUUGCACGUCGUUGUGAUCCUUAUGUUCAUUUUAUGGAGGACGCGACACUUUGCGCAUUCUCUCAGAUGGCCAGUGUGUCGCCUCCUGACUGACCCUUGCGCUGUUUAUUACUGCUCCUGAUAGAGCCAGCGAGGGUGUUUGAAUAUAUGUAUCAUAUAUUCGUAUUAGCGAUAACGAUAAUUAUAACAGGUACGUAAUAAAUUAGGUAAAAAUGAAAAACAAAUAUAAAUAUAAAUAU